UGUGUUGAAACAAAAUGCCCCAUAAAUUGUGAGUGCGUUCGUAACAUAGUCCGAUGCGCCGAUCAGGGUUUGUCGUCAGUUCCGGCGGUGCCAGAGGAAGUCAUAACUCUGGACUUACACGCCAACCGCAUCUAUGACAUUGCUCCAGGGAUCUUCAGUCAUCUCUACAAACUCAGAUCACUUCUGCUAAACGACAACAAGCUCACGGAAUUACGUAAUGGCAUGUUCUAUGGGGUCCGACGUGUGAAGUACCUGUACUUAUACCGGAACAAAAUCACAAGUAUUGAAUCGGGAGUAUUCCAGGGAAUGCAAUAUUUGCAGCAAUUGUAUUUGCACGUCAAUGAAAUACACUCUUUUGACCCUCUGACAUUUUCAAACUUACCUCAACUGGAACGCCUGUUUCUUCACCACAACAACCUGAAGACAAUUCCACUGGGUUCAUUCAGUGGUUUACCAAAACUCCAAAAGCUUAGAUUGGAUAGCAAUGCUCUAAAAUGCGACUGCUCCAUGGUUUGGUUUGUUAAAAUGAUUAACGAACACAGCGUUAUGACGGUAGCAGCAACUUGUUAUGAGCCUUCGGGAGCUGCAGGGAUGCCUUUAGCCGCUAUGAAAGAAUCGGAUUUUCAAUGCAAAAAACCCGAAUUCCAAAAAGAACCGGAAGACAUACUUGUGGAUUUUGGGCAGAAUGCUUUGUUCGUAUGUUCGGCAACUGGAGAACCUGCCCCUGAAAUUAUUUGGUACCGUGAUGCUACUGUUGUUUCUCUUGAAAGAUCAAGAUAUGAAAUAAUGGAAAACGGAUCGCUUAUGGUCCAUGAAGCUGAUGAAAAUGAUAUUGGAAUUUUUGAAUGUAAAGCAAAAAAUUCAGUUGGAGAAGUACGAUCGAAACCAGCAAAAAUGAUGGUUCAUAGCCAAGAAAAAAAAGAUGGUUUUCCAAUUUUCACAAUUUUACCUCGCAAGCAAGAAGUUCGCAUCAACCAACCUUUAGUAAGGUUUGACUGCACUGCACGCGGAAAUCCAGAGCCCCACAUUUCUUGGUUAUUCAAUGGAGAAAAAAUGCUUCUCUCUGAUCGAGUCACCAUGCGUCACAAUGGUUCCAUUUUUAUAGAAAACGUUGACUUUAACGAUAGUGGGAACUAUACAUGCGAAGCCGAGAACAUACUUGGUAAAAUUUCAUCUUCAGGCAGCCUCGAAGUAAUGGUUCCUCCUGCGUUUAUAAUGGUACCAAAGGAUCAAACAGCUGCUCUUGGAGAUACAGUAUAUUUUACUUGUACGGCUAGAGGAGUGCCAAAACCACAAAUUACUUGGUAUAGAAACACCAUGAUUCUGCCUCCAGACGAAAGCAUCAUUUUAAGCGAUAACAAUCAAAAUUUAACAAUAACAGAAAUCAGUGGAGAUGAUGACGGAAUUUAUCACUGCAGAGCAGAGAAUUCAGAAGGUCUUACGGAAAUAUCUGCUUUUCUAAAGGUGGAACAAAAUAAAAUCAUUGUUCCUAAAAUUGUGCUACGCCCAGAAGAUUUAGAUGCUUUCGAGGAAACGUCUGUACAGCUACCAUGCGAAUAUGAGAGUGAGCCACCUGGUAAUGUGGAAUGGAGAAAAAAUGGGAACAGACUUACUACGAAUGAUCGCUUUUCUAUAACAAUAAUUGGUAGCUUAGUUAUCAAAAAUAUUACGUUAGCUGAUAGUGGUAGUUAUGAAUGCUCGGUUCACAAUGAAUAUGGGCGUGAUACUGCGGCUGCAUUUUUGACAGUAAAAAAUCGUGUAGUACCUGGUGAAGAAUAUAUCAAUAUAGCCUUAACUCAAGCCACCCGAGAUGUUGAUCAAGCUAUAGCUCGAACUGUUGAAGAAUUAUUUAAUAAUAAGCGUAGAGGUACUAGUUUCCAUGAGUUAUAUCGAAUUUCUAGAUUUCCUGACGCAUCUGCUCGGGACAUUGCAAAAGCGGCGGAUAUCUAUGACAGAGCAUUAUACAUUAUACGAGAGUAUAUGGUGAAUGACUUAAAUGUUACAGUUGAUGGACAAUUUAAUUAUGAAAAUUUUCUUUCCAAAAAACUUUUGGACGUGAUUGCAACUUUAUCUGGAUGCGUAGUACAUAGAGAAGCUAAAGAUUGCUCAGAUAUGUGCUAUCAUACUAAAUAUCGAAGCAUUGACGGUAGCUGCAAUAACCUUGAGUCUCCAACAUGGGGUUCUUCCUUGACCGCUUUUAGACGUAUACUGUUUGCACAAUACGAAAACGGUUUUAGUCAGCCAAUAGGAUGGAACGUAAAUCAUAAAUAUAAUGGAUAUACAUUGCCAAGUUCGCGUUUAGUGUCAACAACGGUGAUAACAACGAAGAAUAUAACUCAGAGUGAGUAUUACACCCACAUGUUAAUGCAAUGGGGUCAGUGGUUAGAUCACGACUUAGAUCAUGCGCUCCCGUCAGUAAGCUCACAAACAUGGGAUGGGGUUGACUGUAAAAAGACUUGUGACUAUGCACCACCUUGUUUUCCCAUUGAAGUACCACAAGGUGAUCUCCGAAUAACAAAUCGUCGUUGUAUUGAUUUUAUUAGGACAAGUGCUGUUUGUGGCUCAGGAAUGACUUCAGUUUUAUUUGAAAAUCUUCAAGCAAGAGAACAAAUCAAUCAAUUAACUUCAUUUAUUGAUGCGUCCCAGGUUUAUGGUUAUGAAAAAAACAUCGCUGAAGAUUUACGUGAUUUGACAAACGACAAUGGUACUCUGCGAGUAGGGGCCAAAUUUCCGGGUCGCAAGCCACUUUUACCUACAACUGGCUUGAAUGCAAUGGACUGUAGGCUAAAUCUUGAAGAAAGUACUCGAAGUUGCUUUGUUGCCGGAGAUAUUAGAGCCAAUGAGCAAAUCGGACUUGCUGUGAUGCAUACUAUCUUUAUGCGGGAGCACAAUCGAAUUGCUACCGAGUUAAAGACAUUAAAUCCUUUCUGGGAUGGGGACCGACUAUACCAAGAGGCUAGAAAGAUAGUGGGGGCAGAAAUGCAAAUCAUAACGUAUAGACAUUGGUUACCGAUAAUUCUGGGCCGCGAAGGAUAUUCUUUAUUAGGGGAAUAUACUGGGUAUGACCCAUAUUUGAAUCCUUCUAUAUCAAACGUAUUUGCUACAGCAGCGCUUAGAUUUGGUCAUUCUAUUAUUAAUCCGAUUCUCAACCGCUAUGACGAAAACUUUGAAACGAUUCCUCAAGGUCAUUUAUUGUUACGUGAUGCUUUCUUUUCUCCUUGGAGAUUAGUUGAUGAAGGAGGAGUGGAUCCAUUACUGAGAGGUAUGUUUGUAACUCCAGCGAAACUCAAGACACCCACGCAAAAUUUAAACUCUGAACUCACUGAAAAACUGUUUUACUCUGCUCACGCUGUAGCUCUUGAUUUAGCAGCCAUGAACAUACAAAGAGGGCGUGAUCAUGGUAUCCCUGCUUACACUAAAUGGCGUGAUUUUUGUAAUAUGACAGAGGUCAACAGUUUCGAUGACUUAGCCAAUGAAAUAUCGGAUCCAUCUGUUAGAGCUAAGCUGAAAGACCUAUAUGGUUCCGUGUUUAAUAUCGACGUAUGGGUUGGUGGUAUAUUAGAAGAUCAAGUAGAGGGUGGUAUGGUUGGACCUUUGUUCCGGUGUCUCCUUAUUGAACAAUUUCAACGUUUACGAAGUGGUGAUCGCUUCUGGUAUGAAAAUCCUUCAACCUUCAAAUCAGAUCAGCUGAGGGAACUCAAACUUAAGACUAACUUAGCUCGCAUUAUUUGUGACAAUGCUGACAAUAUUGAUACAAUAAACCAGAAUGUGUUUGUACUUCCUGAAAUUCAAGAAGGGCUUAUGUCCUGUGAUGAUCUACCAAAGAUUGACCUUCGCUACUGGAUGGACUGCAAAACUUGUCAUGACAAUUUUGAUUUAGAAAAUAAUCGCGUUCGGAGAGAUAUUGGAAAAGCUAACCUUGCUGAUCAGUUGAAAGAAAAUGAGUUUAUGCUUGAAGAUCUGCAAGACUCUGUAAACAUCCUAAGGAGCACGGUUAAAGACUUAAGAAAGAAGGUUGAAGAGCUAGAGAUGAAGAUAAAUAAAAAAUAAUUUUUUUAAUAAUCACUUUUCAGGAAUAAUCUUAAUAUUGAUGUAUAAUAUUUUACAUAUUAUAAUAAAUAUAUAAUGAUUUACAUUAAAUAAAUAGCGAUAGGUGGUAGGCGACUACGGGUUUUUUAAAAGUGGGAGAGUCACGCUGCCGUCUUAUGACGUCAGCACAAUCGGGGCAGACACAUCCGGGUUACUUACCACACUCGCACAGAACACCGGCGUUAAGAAGCGGCCUAGUGCCGCUAUGUUUCGUGUCGUCGUUGUCGUUGUCGUGUUUUGGCCAUCCCCCCCCCUUCCAACAAGAUUAUGAAAGUGGUCCUACAAGAGAUAUUACUCCAGGAGGGUACCGGCUCUACUAGAGCCGGAGAAUCCCUCCCCGAGCAUUCUCGCUCGGGCUGCCCUUCGUAUUCUGGGGAGGGCACAUUACGGCGCAUGUCAAAGGAUGAACAGGGCAGUAACACCACGGCACCCCGCUCCAUGCUUAAUGUGGACUCUUGUAACAUCAGGGGAAUUCACUCCAACUUAAAGGGAGUGUUCCAAAGAGCUAUUUAACCUUAUUCCUGCCGCCGAAUUCCACCUUCGCACGACACGCCACAAGUUAGGAUAUCAUUCCCACCAUCUGGAUGUGUGGCGAUCCUCCGCAGUGCGGUUUUCAAGGAGCUUUCUUCCACCUACUACAAAGCUGUGGAAUAAGCUUCGUUGUGCGGUGUUUCCGGGACGAUACGUCAUGGGUACCUUCAAAAAAAGCACGAACACCUUCCUUAAAGACCGGCAACGCUCCUGUGAUUCCUAUGGUGUUACAAGAGAAUGUGGGCGGCGGUGACCAGGUGACCAGGUGACCAGGUGACCCGUACGCUCGUUUUUCCUCCUAUUCCAUAAAAAAAAUCAUUUAAAUAGCAGUCAGGAGGUAAGGUGCCUGUGAUGCUGGCAAAGUUACCUCUCUAUGCCGCCAAAUAAAUCCUCAAAAAGAGGUUUAUUCUAGACCUUGCAUCACAUGUCAAAUCUACCUGGACAACUCUUUCAUAAAUUUUGCUGUUGAUGAACCCCAAGGACCCACCUUCUCCAAGAGAAAAUCUCCCUCAAAAGGAAGAAAUAUGUCUCCAUCACCGAGUAAUGCAUAUUUUUGCCACUUUAGGUUUUCAGCCACACCCACCGCUGCUCUUACCGCAAUAAAUACAGUAUUAACAUAUUAUGCUGUAUGUUAGUUUAAUAUAUUGUGUUUUAUGUUAGUUUUUGUAUAUUUCAUUAAAAAGAGCGCAAAAAAAGAAUACUGGUACAGUUCCUUGCGCCGCUUCUUCUUCUACUUACUCAGAGCGAUAUUUGUUUUCGAAGCUACCACUACCACCUACGGUGACUACGGAAACAAUUAUCGCUCGUUAGAAAUGACGUCAAAAAGAAUUCUAAACGAAUUAACUUUGAGAAUAAUGGUUAUACCUUUUAAUUUAUGCAUUACUUUAUUUUGUACAAAGUAUUUUAAGUAGGUAGCUUCAAAUCAAUUAAUUUAUUAUAAUUAUUAAAUACAAUUUAGUGGUUAAGUAAGUCUGAAAAUGGUUCAAAUUUGGUUUCUUCCUAAAAUAGUGCACCUAGAACGCAAAGAGAUUAUGUAUAAUAUUAUAAAUUUUGGGUACAUUUAAAAUGUCGAGCUUGUUCAAUGCCGCAUUAUAAUGGUGUUGUAUUAUUUUUAUCCGUCAAUCGAUCUACAUCGACUUACCUGACGACAGCAGCUAAAUAUAAAUAUUAAUAGAAAAUUAAAAUAAAUAGAGUUAUUCCUGAAAAGUAACUAUUGAAUGUCUAUAGCCUAACAGUUCUUAAAAUAAGUAAGUGUGAAUAAAAAAAUAAAAUAAAAAAAAACUAAAAAAAAUUAUAAAAGCUCAAAAAUAGAUGUGAUAUCGGUGUCGUAAAAUGUCCGUCUAUUAUGUAUCUAUAUACCAAUGUUUUUAGCUUAAGAUAGCAUAACAAUAAUUAUUAGGAUACACGGUUUCUCGCAUAGUAAAAAUUUAAAAAAAAUUAUAAAAAAAUAUGUGAUAUUGGUGUUCAGGUAUUAAUUGUUGUUAUAUAUUAAGGUCGUACUACUAAAGUAUUUCUCCUUAAUUAUUUAUCUUAUAUUUAAAUUUCUCGUGUCCCGUGUUUCUUACCAAACUCCUCCGAAACGGCUAAGCCGAAUUGUAUAAAAUUUUAUGUGCCUACCGGGUAGGUCUGAGAUUUUUCAUACCCCAAAAUGAUAAGGGUGACCCACCCCUAAAUAUUUUUUUUAUGUUUUCGUUUCGUUAAAAAAUACAUACAACUUCAAAUUUUCACCCAUCUACGAUCUAAACUUAUUUUUAUAUCGCGAUUUUUAUAUUAUUCUGUUCUGAUGGAAACGGAUCCGCAAUAGGGUUGCAAGAUGUCAUACGAAUGUAAUUGUAAUAACAUACAUUUUAUAUAUUUGGUUGGUCUGAGAAUCGGUCGUCAUCAAUUUUUUAUACCCCAAAUAUUUUAAUUACUUUUUUUAUUACUUUUGAUGGCAAUACAACAUCUGCUGGGUCAGAUAUUAACAUAUAAUAAAUAAAUAAGGAGAAUAUAAGGUGUUUGCAUAGUUAUUACUUACAUAAUUAUAAGUAUUCAUGUUUCUUAUCUUAAGAUGUGUGUAGAGCUAGUAUAAGUACCUAUUGUCUAUCAAACUCUCAGAACAAACUCUUGGGAACCAAAUAAAUAGCCUGCGGAACGCAAUAAUACUAUAGCAACAAUAGUGAAUUUUAUUGUGGUGCAUCCAAAUACGCAUAUUUCGAUUGUUUUGAUGCAAAAAAUGAUUUAAAUCGAUUUAUUUUUCAACCCUAUCAUUAAUAAGAAUAUAAAGGAGACCAACCAUUUCCAAAACAUCGUGGAGCUCAAAAUGUGACGAAUCGUUACAAUUAAAUUAUGAAAACUUUCGUGAGUCAUUAUUAAAUUAUUAUAUGUUAAUAUGACUUUACUCACGUUUUUGUCGGUGUCGGUACUGACUAGUUUUGGACCAUUCGAAGGUUCAGGGUGAGUGUGGUAGGUUCGGGGUAAUGUCCCAAGAGGUGGGACGUUAAGAGCCGUAUUAACAGAUAAUUGAAUCGUUACAAUGUUCUAUUUUUAACAGCAGUUGUAGUUUAGUUUCAGUUUGAUGACCGUUGCAAGACUGUUGAUCGAGAAUGGCCCCGUGUUAUUUCAUAUUAUAUACUUAUUACAUAUAAUAAUAGGCUCUAUCUAGAUUCUAGACGUGUAAAGUAUCUAAAAUAAUUAGUUACCAAUACCAUUUACUCAUGUUGGCCUUUUCUUUAUAUUGACACUGAGAUAGAUAGAGACUAGAUUUGGUUUCCGGAGAGGUCACUCAACUGUUCAACAACUAUCGCGGGUUACUGAAUAUGUGUCACACAACUUAAAUCUAAAGAAGUCGACUGGAAUGUUCCUACUGGACUUAUUGCAGAGUAAACUGAUUAGCCUAGAUACUCCAAUUAUGCUUGCGAACUUAAUAAAAUAGUACUUGACUGAAAGACAUUUUUUAGUUCAUGUUGGUGAAAACUCUUCAUCUCCAAAAUCUGUACCUGCUGGGAGUCCCUCAGGGCUCCAUCCUGGGACCUUAUCUGUUUCUUAUCUUUGGAAUGACAUCCCCAUACAAAACCACACAAACAUCGCAUGCUUUGCUGAUGAUACAGCGUCCUUUACCUCAUCAAACGAUAUAGAUUUAAUAGUUAGCCGGCUCCAAUUAUCAAUAGACCUACUUUUUGCCUAUUUCAAAAGAUGGAAACUUAAAAUAAACACGUCAAAAAUAGAAGCGAUACUUUUCACUAGAAAACGCAAACUACCUACACGUCAAAUUAAGGUCGAUGACUACCAAAUUCCUUGGAGCAAGUCUGUUAAAUACUUAGGUAUUACCUUAGAUAAAACACUCAACUGGACAGCGAACACUUCAAGAUUUUGCGAAAAAGGUAUAAAGGCCAUAAACGCUUUAAUUCCAGUCUUCAACAGAAAAUCUUGUCUAAGCAGCCAAACUAAAAUAAGUAUUUAUCGCACCCUAGUCUGUCCCUGUAUAACCUACGCAUGUCCCGUAUGGAGCAGUACAUGUAAUACCAAUUUUAAAAAGCUACGAGUUAUCCAGAAUAAAGCGGUAAAUAUUCAUACGAUACCCCAAUGUUUAGAAAUCUCACUAAAUUAUGUAACAAUAUUGGCUUGCCUAACGUAUAUUAUUAUAUACACAAAGUUUCACAAAAUUUUUACCUACACAUCAAUACUAAAAACAAUAAUUAGUUAAUUACCAGCUGUUAAGUAUGAGGACACGAGUGAAACAACUGCUUGCUCGAGACGCACUGUCGUUUAAUUAAACAUAUUGCGUAGGCACACGCCGCAUACACAACACCAGCAUAGGUAGGUGCAACCAAAAAAAAAGUUAAUUAAUUAAACAUUAGAAAAAAAAUCAAAAAAAUUAAACAUUAGGGGGCGUCCAUAAAUUACGUGAGAUGUUUGAGGGAGGGAGGGGGUCGAGUCAAAUCUCAUCUAAUCUUACGUUGGAGAGAGGGGGGUCUCGGCAAAUAUCACGCAAUUUUUUUCUGAUUGAAACAAAAAAAAUUAUACUAUUUGCAUUCAUUUAAUCAUAUGGACAUGUUGGUUCCAAUAGUCUCUCUUGAGACCGCGCAUGAUUCUCCAUGGACUGAAUUAGAGUAGAUAUUCCUUUUUUAAUCACAGUAGUUACGAUUAAAGUAUUCUAUUGUUAAUUUUUUUUAACACUUAUAACUCUUAGCAAUAUUGAUUACUAGUCUUAACUAGUCGUAAAUAAAAGCACGAACCAAUUUCUUUUUUCUUUUUACAAUAACAAUCCAACGCGUUUACGUAAGAAACCCACAAAAUCUCACGUGAGAUUGGGGGAUGGGGGGAGGGGGUUGAAUAAAAUCUCACGACAUCUCACCAUACAGGAAAUUCAAAAAAACACCUCACGUAAUUUAUGGACGCCCCCUUAUCGAUAAAUACGAAAUAUUUAACCCCAACACUUACUCAACUGGACUUGUCUAGUUAUGAGUCAUCACUCAACAGGCACAUCUACUCGUGCAGUUACGAACAACGAAGCACUGUCUGCGUUGUUCGCGAGCUAUUAUCGCCCGUAUGCAGAAGAUACCUAGGGUGCUGGUGGCAUGUGAGUGACAACGACGGAUCGUCCACUCUUGCGUAGCACUGUUGUUUACAAACCUGAUUCUCAUUUCUCACUCAACUGAAGCAUACAUAUAAUUAUAUAAGUUACCUGUUUGUUAUUUAUAAUAAUUAAGUAUAUAUACAUUAAGUAUUUGUAAUUUUAAAUUCCUGUAAAUAGUAUUUGUAAUACAGGCGAUAUCUGUUAAAAACGUGUUAGUACUGUUAUUACUUGUUUUUUUAGGUUUUAAUGUACACUGGAAAUAUACAACUGCAAUAAUUAUGAUAUUAAAGAAUUUUCAAAUCAAUGGACGCACAUAAUUUUCAAAUGGGCACACGGCCCUUUUUCAACCGCAACAGCGACCGCUAAGAUAUCCACUACUUUUCCCGCAUGAGUAAUACAAACUAUUUAUUUUUAACACUUAACAACUGUAUGAUCAAAUAUAUUAAAAUUUUGUUUAUUACAAAUUAAAAUGAUUACCUUGCUAUAUUUUUUUCGAAAUGGUCGGUCUCUUUUCUGUUAAUAGCACAUCUAUUAAUCUUUUCAAGUAUAUCAUAGCAAUCGCACUGGGAAAAAAAAUAUUUAGGAUUGGUCACCGCAGCGCUCCAACUAGAUACCGCACUACCUAAGAACAAUAGCUUUUUUUAUUACGGCAACUAUUAGAUGCUCGUGUGCGUGGCAUCUUAACACUCAGUGGCAUCUUUAUAAUCUUGUAACAUACGCUUCUUCUUAUUUUUCAUUGAAAUUAAUAAAAUGCAUAAUACUUACUUAAUUGCAUAAUACCAAUUUUUGUGAUUCCUGUGUCUUUCUUAUUUCUUGUAGUAUUAUUUUUAACAAAGUUUUACUACGCAACCCGGCAUUUUAGUGUUAAUUAUUAGUAAGGUUUAACAGAACAAGUGGCAUUCGAGCUAGUUUCGAACAAUGUUUGACGUUGAACACAUUGUUCGAAACUGGCUUGAAAACGCCCUCUUGGGCGUCGUAUUAGUUGCCGCACUUUGCGACUACGCCUGCGGUAUCUAGUUGGAGCGCAGCGGAUACCAUUUCUUAAUCUAAGUCUACAACCCAGUUAUUUCAAAAUAUUUCUGCUCACGUAAGAUAACCGGUGUCAAAUUCACAACACAUUUGUAAUUUUUUUUUAAUUUUAUAAAGCAAAAUUUUGGUGUAACAGUCACUUAUCACCACCUGUAAGUCUAAUAUCAGUCUUGAGUGGAAAAGUAAAUAAAUAUGAUGCAACGAAUAAAUAUUAUUGUUAAUUUAAUUUAUUUAUGAAUAUUUUCACUUACGUAAAUUAUUAACAGCUCGGCACUUUUGGAAUUUCGUUUGUGUAGGAAUAUUUCGCUGAAACAAUGAAAAGUAAAUAAACAUCAUCCAACCACCAA